CUACAAUUUUACUUUAAUAUGUUAAAUCCUAUUUAUAUUUCCAACCUGUAGAAUUAAAUGACAAAGCUAGACAUCUUCGUACAAUGUCGACUUUCUCGGGCUUCAGUGAAGAAGAAUUAAAACGAAUAAAAUCCAGUGAAACUGGCUCGAACAGCGUUCCACAAAUAAACAUUUCCAAUGUUAAAAAACUCGACAAAAUUGGCGCCAGGCCAAAGAGACCCACUAACCAAUACAAACUACCCAUGCUACAGAAGCUGAAUUCUGAUGAUGCUAUAGACAAUAUACAGUUUGAUAAAUGCAAACUUAGUUUGAGAUCGCCAUCAACACCAAGCAACGAGACAACGGAAGCUCUAAAUAAAAAUAAUAAAGAAAAUGUUAACAACAAUGAUAAUAUUAAAACAGAAAAUAACAAGGAAAUUAAUAUAGAAUCUUCUGUUAAUAACAAUAAUAAUAAAAUAAGCAAAAUGGCUACUGAGGACGCAGAAGUUUUAAGUAAUAGAAAGCCCAGUAUGGAUGCCGCACCAGAUAUUGUGCGAGGAGUUGAGAAUUAUUCAGAAGAUGAACUGGAGAAUCAUAAGAUGAAAUUACAUGAACUUCAAUUAAGACAAAAGCUAAUGGAGGAACAGAAUAAGAGAAGGAAGGAGAUGCUGGCGAAGGCUCUAGCUGAUAGGACAAAACAAACAACAGAAGAGGUGAUGAGGCUAGAGAAGAUCAAGAAGGAGCUACAAGUACUGGACAGUCAGUUCUCGCAGGACGUUUCUGUACUGAGGCAGAAGAUCGACCAGGCUUGUUUGAGCUAUGCUGAUGCAGAAAAACACUACUUAAAGGUGGAGAAAGAGUUCCUGCAAGCGAAAAUCCAUUUACAAAAGGAAAAGGAGAAGAAAGAGUUGCUGACAGAGCACUUAUGUGCAUUGAUAACACACAACGAGACAAGGAAAGCUCAGAAACUAGAAACUUUAAUGUUAGAAUUAGCCACAGAUAAAGAAAAGGCAGAAAAAAUUGAGAAGUUAGAAGUGAAUGAAGUUAAAACAGUUGAUGAACCGAUAAUAGUUGAUGGUGUCGAUGAAAGAACUGGUAAGAUCGUUGAAAUUACACCUAGUAGUUAGUUUAUUGUUGGUUGUUUUAGUUUAGUUUUAAUUUGGGAUGGUAAACAAGAAGGUUGGAUGGAUUCAAUGCUGUACUCUACUUUAAACUUUCGCGUUGCAUAUGAAUACUUUACUGUUUUACG